AUGCAUAGAAGCACGAUGAUGCUGGCAGCAGCGGCCGCGGCGGUCGCCGGGCUCACCGGAGCGUUCGCCACCCCAGAGCAGCCACUGGCCGGCUUCAUCCGCGCCCAGGGCACCCACUUCGUCAACAAGGACUGCGCGUCGAUCUAUCUCAGCGGCUGGAACGGCUGGAAGGUGAUGGAGGAGGGCGCGAGGGACCCGGACCUGCUCGCCCGCCGCCUCGACGCGGCCGUGGACGCCGGCUUCAACACUCUGCGCUUCUUCGCGCACGGGAGCGACCCCGACAUGGUCCUGCAGACCGGCCCCGGCGAGUACAACGAGGAGGCCUUCCGGGGGCUGGACCGCGCGAUCGCCAUGGCCGGGGAGCGCGGCCUGAAGCUCAUCCUGUCUAUUUCGAACCAGUGGAAGGCCGCGGACUUUGCGUCGAAGAAGCAGCUCGUGUCGUACGCGGCGGAGCUGGGCCUCGCGCCUGGCGUGCAGUGCGACGUCGACGCGUGCACGAACGGCGGGUACCAGGGCGGGGACGACGACGAGUUUGCGUGUUACGAGCGGGCGUGCCCGAACGAGGACGACGCGUUCUGGACGAACACCGCGAUCCGGCGCAUGUACAAGGACCAUGUGCGCGCCGUCCUGGCGCGCGUCAACACCGUGAACUCGAAGCGGUACUCCAGUGAUCCGACCAUCCUGGCGUGGAACGUGAUGAACGAGCCCGUGUGCCGCCGCGGCACGAGGAACGGCGGGGACGGCACGGGCUGCGCGGACGACGUCGACGCGUUCGUCGCCGACAUCUCCGCGCUGAUGAAGGACCUGGCGCCGCUGCAGAUGGUCACCGUCGGACAGGAGGGCUACUACGGGCCGCGCGAGACCGCGCAGCGCCGCGCCGUGAACCCGAUGCCGCCGCAGGAGGGCGGCGCGGACCCGCUCUGGGCGGAGAAGUCCGGCCAGAGCUGGAUCCGCAAUCACGGGCACGACUCCAUCGACUUCUACGGCAUCCAUCUCUGGGUGGACAACUGGAAGGUGCCGCAGCUGGAGUUCCAGCAGGCGUGGAUCGACCAGCACGUGGCGGACGCGACGGCGACGGGGAAGCCGAUGAUCGUCGAGGAGUUUGGCAAGGUGGCCGACAGGACCAGUCCCGGUGACGUGGAGCGGAGCCGCGAUCCGUUCUUCCGGGGCGUGUACGACGCGUUCAAGGCCUCGGUCAACUCCGGCGCGGCACUCCGCGGCGCGCUCUUCUGGGAGUGGGAGGACGACGCGACGCAGGGCGCCGGGAGCGAGCGCGGUGUGCGGCGCAGCGACUCCACGUGGUACAUGAUCGCGGAGAACGCCGCCCUCGUCCGGAACCUCAACGGUCAACAACGGGGGGUGGGCAGUUGUGUGCCGGGUCGCGAGAUCUCGUACAGGUCCACGGACGCCGCUGGGCGCUCAUGGCUGUCGCUGGGCGAUGGCAUGGUCGCGAAGAACGUGCAGCCGCUCGCGGGCGGGGAGGGGGCCGGGUCGGACCGCGCGUCGUGCGCCGCAGCGUGCGCUGAGGGUUGCGCGGGCUUCACGUUCGGGGGCAACGGCUGCGCGCUGAUCGGGGAGGUGCGUUCCGGCGAGCAGCACUCGUGGGGGUACCGGUCGGGCGAGCAGACGUUCUGGAAGCUCACUGAGCGCAACGUUGCAGCACUGGGGGCCAAGGUGGCCGCGCGCGGUGGCUCCGAGGCGCCGCCCGUGGCUGCCAGUUCGCGCAACUAG